AUGGACGAUUGGUUGUUUGAAUUCGCUCAGUUAUUCCGAACCCACGUCAGAAUCGACCCGGAUGCUUAUAUCGACUUACACGAGAUCGGAAUGGAAUUGUGUUCCGAAGCUCUGGAAGAAACCGUAACAAGUGAAGAAUCUCAAACUCUAUUCGACAAAGCGGCUUCAAAGUUCCAAAGAAGAUGCUCUGCUGCAAUGGCUGAUUUUAACCUAGAUACAAAUGAUUAUGUGUAG